AUGGAAUUAGAAAAAACUUUAUAUAGAGUUCAAGAACGAAUUUUGAAUUAUGGAUAUGUUCCUUAAUUCACAAAUAUUUGCAGCAUUUUUUUGUUAAGCAUGGCAUCAAUACACUUGCUUAUAAUUUGGAGAUUGAGUUACAGGAAUAUUAAUUAAAUCGAAUUUGAUCAAAAUCAUAAGGACUAUCUCUACAAUUAUAAGAUAGUCGAGGGUGACAGUACAUUGCUAACAAUGAAAUAUUCUAGCACCCCUGAAUUAUUGCACUUAAGAACGGAACUACUAGAAUAGCACAAUUUCACAAUUAAAAACAUUACUGUAGAAUAUAAUAGUCUUUUUGAAAGUAGGUUUUAAGCGUUGCUUUCUUAGUCGAUUAAUUUGGAAACUUUAUUCCUGCAUGAUGUCGCCUACUCAAUAAAUUCAAAUAUUUAUGUGAAAAAUAACUCUACAAAUCAUACAUUCCAUUGGAGAUAAAAAUAAGAUGUAGCUCAAAAUUACACUCAAAAAAUAUCUAAAACUUUAUGGGAAUUCUUUGUCAUCACUUUAGGGCUGUUCAUCUCUUCAGCUGUUUCGUCACUCUAUAUUAAAAUCACAAUUAUUUGUGCUCCAGUCAUCAUCAUCAUUAUGCGUAACACAUUAUUAUCAUUAUCAAUUCUAGUUGAAGUAUCUUAUAUCUUUGGCAAUAGACAAAUAUUCCCAAUAUUUUUGGCACGAGCAUUCCCCUGGAUAGGACUAUAUUUAAAUAUUCUGGAUAGAACACAACGCUCAAAGAAAUAACUUAUCAUAGCUUUUACUUUAAUGCUAUUCCUAAUUUAUUUCAUUUACUUGUCCUCAAUCUUUAUUGGAAGCUACCUAUUGUUUAAGGCUUAAGUUCCCUAUGGUUUGGAGGAUAAUUUUUUUGGGUAUCUAUCAUUUUAGAAUUCUAAAGUUUAGUUACAGUCAGUGAAUUUGCCUCCCUAUUGUUUUUGAGAACACGGACCUCUUUGUACUUUUUACCAAAAUUUACUAUCAUAUUCUAUUACCUAUUCCUAUGGUAUGUUAGAUCUACAAGUAAAAUCACAACAUUCAUAUUAGCCUAUGGUUUCUAUUCACUUGCAAUGCUUACACUAUCUUAUGCAUGUUUCGGAACAUUCUGCUUAUUUAUUUUCAUCUAUGAAAUCCCGAGUUUAGAAUGGAACCCUCUAUCAUUUUAUACGCCAACACUUGAUAGGCCUCGCUGCUACUAUUUACCUGUAUUUUCAAUGAAUUGGGUUAAUGAAUUGCCAUAACUGUGGACCAUGUUUUACCCUUUGCAUGGAAGAAGGUACAUUAUGCAUAUAUUUAAUCAAUAGAUAUUUUCAAAUUUAAAAUUUAGCCUUGGUAGAUCGAAACUUUCCACUUCUCAACAAUCUCUUAGAUAUUGAAAUGCAAGAAUAAUAGUGAGUUAUUUUAAAUAUUCAAUUGAAU